AUGACGCCUCUGGACCCAGAGGUAGCGCCUUCGGAGGCGGCAGCGGGAGACCGAACCUCGGAAACACCUCCUUCACCCAAACGCGCCCCGCCGGUCACGACAUGCAGCUUCUGCUCGGAGCGGUUCCCCACGAGGAGUGCGAUGUUCCGCCACCUCGAGAGGCCCUGCGCGACCUGCCCGGCCCCUCGCGAAGACUACGGCGAAAAGGUCCUCCUCGUCGUAGGGUACGACUCCCGUCUCAUGGCGGGCGACAAAGGAGGCGAGGGAGCGGUAACACCUCCAACAUCGGACACGUAUAACAUGCCGACGCCGCCGGUAGGCACGAGUAGUGGGACUGCUGCUGCUGUGGGUGGAGCAAGCGCGGCAAGCUCUGUGCUGAAGGCCAUGGGCAUCGAGGUGGAGAGGCGGAGGGAUGCAGGCGGCGAGGGCGGAGGUAGCUCCCAGCAGCAGUCCUACUGUAGUCGACCGGGGGGCUUCAGUCAAGCCUCGUCGGUGGGUUCCCGCACGUGCCCUCUGCUUGCGCAGGAGGAGGAGGUCAGCGCUACAGCUGAUACCAUCUGCCUCAGAGCACCGACGACGGUACCCCAGGAGGGUAUACGAAAGUGGCUCGAUGACACCAACGCUGCCCUCGACAACAGCGACGGGAACGCGAGGGAAGCGAUUCGGCUCCUCGGGCGGAUGGCUGUGCCUUCGACGUUCCACGCUGAGAUCCACGCAAAGAGACGGCGGUACGAGUACCUCCUGCCGGCCUGGAUGCUCGACGAGACGGCGGAGGGCCCUUGGGAAGGGCCACCCCGGGGACAGGAGAACCUCAUCCCCUUGCUGAGACGCCUACGAGCGCGGGGGCUCAGGCCCUUCGGACACUGCAACGGCGAACACGACGGCACGCGGCGGCGGUGUCCCCUUUGGCACAACUUCAGCGCGAGCGCGCUGCCCCACAGCCCGUCCUCCCUGCGCCGCCUUUUCCGCUUCUACGCGAUGGAGGUCAUCCAGUCAUCACCAUCAUCAUCGCAAGGGGGCGACGCAGGCGCGAGCGGCGCGGACUACGUCUGCCUCUCUAUCAACGGCGACGCGUUUAUGAGCCAGCAGGUUAGGGGCAUGGUAGCCCUCGCCGUGGCCGGGGCGAGGGGCCUCAUCUCAGCCGAGGGCAUCGCGGCCACGAUCGACCCGACGCGGCAGGAAGACCUCCUGCCGGUCCCCCUGGCCCCCGCCGCCCCGUGCUCGCUCGCCGAGGUUGGUUACUCGGGCUGGCAGAUGAGGCUCGGCGUCGGAGGGCAAGGCGUCUGCAUGUCGCCGGGCGCGGAGCAGCGGGGCUGCCGCCCCUUGGAGGGGUGGAGCGACGAGGCUUCGAGGUCUGAGGGCGCCAGGUUUCGGCGCCAGGUCCUCGACAGCGCGGCGAGGUGGUGGGAGGAGCGGGAUGGCGGGGUUGGCUGGCUGAAGGACGUUCUCCAGCCGGGCGCCGUCAAGCUUGGGCGGGAAGUCCAGGUCUCCGACAUGCGAGCAGGGGACCUGGAGGGGGAUAGAAGUAAUGAAGGCAGGGGGGAGGAGGACGGUUGUGGAGGGAGGAGCGGCUCGAGAGACGAGUCGCGCAGGGGCGCAGGCGCGGACGGGGCGCCGUUGUCCGCCGAGGAUCUCUCGUCGCUUGAGGAGGCGCCCGUGCUCUACGCCAAGGUUUUGGGCCUGCUGAGAGAAGCCAGCGCCUCGGGGCAGUGGCCCACGAGCACGGCAUCGCGAAGCUUGGUCAUCUUCGGGGAGAGGGGCGACAGAGCAGACGAGAUGUGCUCCGGUACUGGGCGCAGCAAGCAGACUGAUUUGGCGGGCUGCGCAAAAGGCCGUGAUUCCGACAAAACGGCACUAGCAGAGGAAGCACCACCGGCGAUGGCGAGAACCGUUGGCGAGGAGAACGCCUCCGCGGCAACGGAACCCGACGGGCAACAAGAGCAGGAAGAUCGGCAACGCGGCGGCGGCGGCGACGGCGGCGGGUCCGGGUCAUUCACCCUCGGCGCCUUCCCGCCGCCCUGCCCACCCCCGCGCGGCAACCGCCUAUUCGCGGAGCUUGCGAGAGCGGCGUUCGAGCUAGAGGCGGCCUUGCUUCCCGAACGACCCCCGUCAACCACUAUCGCCGUCAACAGGAAUGCCAGGUUCAAGCCACACGUGGACAGCGGGAGCGGGGCCGGUCAGAGCAGGAGCCUGAUCGUCGGGCUAGGCGACUACGUUCGCGGGGAGCUGGUGGUGGAAGGGGAGGAGGCGGACAUUCGGUACCGCCCCCUGGAGUUCAACGGGUGGACGCAAAGGCACUGGACGAGGCCGUUCUCCGGCGAGAGAUACUCGCUGGUUUGGUUCACGCCGAAGGGCUGCGAGGGGAUAUCCGGCGACGCGAGGUUUUCGUCGGCCGCAGAUGAUGAUGAUGCCGGGGGUGGGGAAGGAAGGAGUGGUGACGAGGGAGGCGAAGUUAGCCCAAGUCGAUGA